CGGCAUAAUUAUAUGUUGUAACUAAGAGAUAAAAUAUAAUAUAAAGGAGAAAGAGCGAAAAAAAGAGGAAAACACGUGGACAUAGUGUUUUUUCCGAUAGUAAAUCGAAAUGAAAAAUCAUUAGGAAGCCGUCAAGUCUUAUGUGGAGUCAAGUCACAAGAGGAAACAGCAGUAAAAGCAGCAACAAAUUGUUACUCUCUGGUGUUAACGAACAUCCUAUUAUACAACGUGUUCGAUUAUAUUAAAUUAAAUAAAAGAACCUAUUAGAAGAAAGUCUGAUAAAAGGAACGGCGAUGUUUCCGCACAAGAUUAGGUUCGUAAUCUUUUUAAAUUUGAUGAUAUCGAUAAAUUGUUGUGAAGAUUUCUGGAAGGAUUGGUUUUCUUGUUCACCAGAUAACACAUGUUAUCUAUCCGAGAAGUCGAAGGCCGAAAUCGUAGGAAAUACCAUGACAAUCAUGUGCGGGAAAGAUCAUAUCGAUUUACGUUUGAUGCGAUGUUUGGACACCAGAAAUAUUCAGAAAUUACAAAUUAAUCAUUGUCACGCAACACAUUUCGAUGUCAGAAGUUUUGUUUCCAGCGAUGCCAUCACCGAAGUCAACAUUUUCACUACAACGCUUCCGAAGAACUUCGAAAGUAUAGCGUUUACUGAUAUGCCAUUACUAAAAACUGUCAAGAUUUCGGGGACCUCAGAGCUAGUCAACUUGACUUUAGAUAAUCUUCCUUCUCUCGUGGAUUUGCGGGUACAUAAAUAUUCUAUUUAUAUGCAGGAAGAGCGAAAUUAUUGGUAUGGAGCAUUGAACAUUCCGCCUAAACUGUUUAAUGAAGUUCCCAAUCUUCGACGUUUGGAUUUGAGUUACAAUAACAUUGAUUCCCUUGAUCAAUCUGUCUUCAGGAAGCUCACUCAACUGGAAUAUCUGAAUUUGGAGGGUAACGAAAUAAAGGUAUUACCCGGUAAACUGUUGAGAGGACUUUCGAAUUUAAGAGUUAUUUUUAUUGCUUUUAACUGGGAAUUAGAUUCAAUUCCAUCCGGAUUUCUGAAAGGAUUGAUCAACUUGACUGAAUUUUAUGCCGGAAACUGUUCUUUGUCUAAAAUUAAAGAAGAUUUAUUUACCGAUGCGAUUAACCUGGAGAUUAUAGAUUUAGACACGAACAAAAUUGAUCAUCUGCCGUCUGGAGUUUUCAAAAAUAAUCAGAAUCUACGAGAGUUACACUGUUACGGAAAUAGAAUAUCAACACUUCCAGACGGAAUUUUCGAUGGACUUUCUAAAUUGAAAAUGAUUAUUUUGGGUAAUAAUCAAUUAAGUGAUCUUCCUGAAGACAUUUUUCGUAAUUUGCCGAGUCUCGAAAGUCUUAAUUUAGCUGAAAAUCGGAUCACAAGUUUACCUGAAAAUAUUUUCUUUUCGCUUAACAAUUUAAGGAUUCUGGUACUAAGUUCUAACAACCUGAGAAGUAUUUCGGGUGAAAUUUUUGGCCGCAGCAAACACCUGGGUUAUAUUAUUUUGAGUAAUACAAGUUUAAGUGAAUGGCCCGUGAUAAAUUGGGAAAAACACAACUUGACUUAUGUUGAUUUUUCAUUCAAUCAUUUUGAAAUUGUAAAACUUCCAAUUUAUACACCAAAUUCCAUGACAUUUAGAUUAUCUGACUGCAAAAUAAAAACUGUUUACAUCGACGAUGAGAUAUACGGAUUCAACACGCCUACUUAUUAUUUGAGCAAUAAUCCAAUUUAUUCUUUAGAAAGAAUGCAAAACACAGAUUAACUUGUGCAGAUUAAUCUGUAACUUUGUAUCUAUAUGUUUGUAUUUGGUUCCUUUCUUAAUAUAUUCCUUUACUUUUUUGCUGCAAAAAAAAAUCAGCGAAUGUGAAGUAUGUGUGAGCGAUUUGUUUUGCUUCCUGAUCCACUGUUGAUUGCUUUGUUGUUUGUUCUUAAAACAAAUCGUUGCUUAUUUUGAAAUGUAAUUUGGUUAUACAGUAGAUCCCCCUAUAAGACGGUAGAUAC